UUCAGAUAUAUUAUCAAAUAUUGAUUUACUUUUUCACAUAAAACCAAAUUUCCCGAAAAGGUAGCUCCCACCAAGCCCAAUCCAAAUGGCCCACUAAAGGCCCAACUAAGCCGCUCCGAGCCGCCUUCCUCCCGUCGGCCGGAUCAGCCUUCAAACUAGGGUUUACUCCUCCCGCUCCGAGAAAGCCGUGCCCCCUCCGUGCCCCAGCUCUGCCUCCGCCUCCGCUCCUCCCCGCCGUCUUCCGCCACGAUGAAGCUCGUCAGGUUCUUGAUGAAGCUGAACAACGAGACGGUCACCAUCGAGCUCAAGAAUGGCACGGUGGUCCACGGCACCAUCACCGGUGUUGACAUAAGCAUGAAUACUCAUCUGAAGACAGUGAAGCUUACAUUGAAAGGGAAGAAUCCUGUAACCCUUGACCACCUCAGUGUGCGAGGAAACAAUAUUCGCUAUUAUAUCCUUCCUGACAGCUUAAACCUGGAAACGUUGCUGGUAGAGGAGACUCCUAGGGUCAAGCCUAAGAAGCCAAGUGCAGGAAAGCCUUUGGGGCGUGGUCGCGGGCGUGGUCGUGGACGUGGUCGGGGCAGGGGACCGCGCUGAGCUCUAUCACUCCCUUCUUUGGGCUCUCUUGCAUGACAAGUUCCCCGUACAAUGUAACCUGCUUUCCCUGCAAGCUAUUUGAAAGAAUGUUGCAUUGUUGCCCUUCCGUUGAACGUGAACCAAGUAUCACAAAUCUCAGUAGUUCUUUUGUGGAAUCAUCCUGUCUAUUUGACCCAUUGUUCCUGUCUAUCUUAGGUUACAUCGUAAUUAAUUCGUCAUGUCUUCCCCCUGGAAUACAUAUAGGACUGUAGAUCUUGGGAUAUCUAAGUAUUAUGCUUGUGUUUUUAGUUGUUACCCUGGAAUUAUUUGCCCAUGGGCUACGCCUUGCAAUUGUUUUGUAUUCGACCUGCCCUUAUUUGCUCU